AUGAAAGAGAUCCAAUUCUCGCCUAGCAAAAUCAUGAGAUGCGUAUCGUUAAUCAAAGACACAGAAGAGGAGUUUGAAAUUAUCUUUAAUCAAACCAAUGCAUUUAAAUUAAAAAAGUUUGAAGCAAUCUUGCUUUCAAAAUUAAUAUAUCGAAUAAUAUCAACAGAUUUAACAUGCUCAUCUUAUAAGCUACAAUAUUCAGCAGAUGAUGAAAUAAUAACAAGCUUUUUUACCCAAAUUUCUUCAACAAAUUUAGACAUCCCCUUAGAAAAAGUGGAUUACUAUUUACCAAUUGCAAAAGAACUAGAAAUGCCAGAAGUUAUAGAAGCAAUUAAGUUUAACUCCGCAUUAAUUCCCACUCAAAAUCUCGAAUUACCUCUUAUUUUCUAUGAUUACAAGAGUUUAUUGCAAUCUAUUGCCAAAAAUAUCAAUAAAAUUCCGGAAAAAUGGCUUUUAUCCAUUCCUACUUCUUUUAUUAUUGAUAUCUAUAAUCAAAAUCCGGAGUUUGAUGACUGGAAUGUUUACGUCAACACAAUAAUAAGCCAUCACCUACCUGUGCAUUACUUAAAUGACGUGCCUAUAUCAGAUUUGGAAAUUUCAACGAUGGAAAUGCUGAUUAAAUACUACAUUGAGAUGAACUCACAACAGAGGAUAGCUGAAGUUGCAUUAGCCCUCGCAAAAAUUGCUCAAGAUCUCCAAAUCGAAAAUACAGAAUUGCAAGAUAUCAUUAAAAACGGCGUUAAGUAUGAUAAAGAAAAUGAUUGUUCAUUUAUCAAAUCAGGAAGAACAUAUAUACGUGAAGAAUUCUGGAAAUGCAUAGAUUGUUGCCAUAACAAUCAAAUUAUCUGCACAGCCUGCAAAAACAAAUGCCAUGCAGGACAUAGUGUUGUUCCAGAUCAGACUUCAUCUGGAUUUUGCGACUGUGGUGCUGGAGAUCUCGGAUGCAAGUGCCAAUGCAUGGAUAGAAAACACUUAAUCAAAUAA